AUGCAGAUAUGGCGACGCUCCUUCGCUACAUCUGUUGCCAGAUUUAGCAACAGCUUGACUCGUCCUUCUGUUUCGCGAUGCGUUCAGAUUCUACAAGCUAGCAAGAGCGAGGCCUGCAGCUUCGAAGACCAAGAAGUCAAGGUGAACGGAUUCAUCCGCAGCGUACGAAAACAGAAGCGCAUUGCAUUUGCGGAGAUUUCCGAUGGCUCUACUGUAGAGCCAAUUCAGGCGAUUCUAAAGCCUGCGCAAGCAGCAGAGUAUGUUCGGCCUCACGCGAGAGCUACGAUUCCGUCACCAAACAAGGCUAAUCGAACGUCGUCUAGUUUAUCAACUGGAGCAGCUGUGGAAAUAUCAGGAAUAUGGAAAGCUUGUCCAUCAGGGAAGGAGCAGAGUCAUGAACUUCAAGCAACUGAUGUGACGGUUGUCGGCGCAUCAGACCCAGAGACCUUCCCAAUCCAAAAGAAAUACCACAGCACCGAUUUCCUGCGUCAGAUUCCCCACCUUCGCAUCCGAACACCCUUUAAUUCUCUCCUCGCGCGAUUCCGGUCCGAGUGCAUGUUCCAGCUUAGCAAUGUCUUCCACUCCCAUCCAAAUGGCGGCUUUACACAAGUCCAGCCUCCGAUCAUCACAUCCUCGGACUGUGAAGGUGCCGGCGAGACAUUCACGUUGGCACCGCGCGGUGCAGCGACUACACCCAGCGCCGAGAACGAGCAGUUCUUCCGAGCACCUAAAUACCUGACUGUGUCGUCGCAAUUGCACUUGGAAGCCUAUGCAGCGGAGCUAGGUAAUGUCUGGACAUUGACACCGGUAUUCCGGGCUGAGAAGAGUGAUACACCGCGCCACCUCAGCGAGUUCUACAUGCUCGAAGCGGAAGUCAACUUCAUGUCCGAUCUUGACUCGCUUACCGGUCUGGUAGAACACAUGCUACGCGAUUUGACGCGACGCCUAUAUAAUACUACAGUGGGCCAGGAGAUCUUAUCGGCCAAGCGAUCUGGCGAGCCAGGAGAGGAGACGAACGCUGAGACGGACGCUUUGCGAAAACGAUGGACUGACCUGAUGGAUGGCCCGAAAUGGGACCGUGUCACAUACACACAAGCCGUGGAAAUGUUGCAACAUGCUGUUGCCGAGCAGGGAGCUUUGUUUGAACAUCCCCCGACAUGGGAUGGAGGUCUUCAGCUCGAACACGAGAAAUACAUUGUUGAGGAGCUCUAUCAGGGCCGUCCAGUCUUCGUUACAGACUACCCGAAGUCCGUCAAGCCGUUCUAUAUGGCGCCUUCUCGGGUUGUCGAAGAAUCCAACAGUCCCGGUGAGACAGUGGCAUGCUUCGAUCUGCUUCUCCCUGAAGUCAGUGAGGUUGCCGGUGGUUCCCUGCGUGAACACCGUUUGCCCGAGCUUAUCCAAAAUAUGCGUGAGCAUGGUUUGAUUAAGGCUCGCGAGCUUCCCGAGUCGGGGAAUUCCGCCUCCCUUGAGUCGCUGUAUCCUUAUCUUGCUCCUACCGAGGAUCUGAGUCACCUUCAAUGGUAUGCUGACCUCCGACGCUGGGGCUCUGCUCCUCACGGCGGUUACGGACUUGGGUUCGAUCGGUUCUUGGGAUUCUUGAGUGGCGUUUCUAGUGUGCGGGAUAUUGUCUCUUUCCCGAGAUACCAUGGUCGCGCUGAUUGCUGA